AUGCGUUCAAUCGUUUUCCUGGCUGCACUUGCGGCACAAGCAUCUCGUGUACUGUCUGCACCAUCCACGGCAUGUGCUCAGGUCGGCGCUGCGCUUGCGAGGAAUGGCACGACGGAUCUCGCAGGGAGCACCAAGAUUGAUGUCGAUACGGCACAUGCUUGUCUGACAUCCGUACCACUGGACACCGAAGGCGCCGCUUCUCAGCUCUCCGGCCUCAAAACCCUCCUCAACUUCCACUCCGAUCUCGUCUACUUGAGCAAGCCACCAGCGGGAUGGCUCUACAACAGAGUAGACCUCCUUGCUAGCUUGGAGGCCAUGUCGGCCAAUGUGUACUCUGGGGGAUACGAGAAUGAAUACGCCUUACAAUUGGAUAUUUACAAUUUGAUGACAUCGGCAUACGACUUCCAUCUGAUCUACAUACUUGACAUUCUCAACGUCUUCAGGUGGUUUAGGAAUGCGUUUCUCGUCAGCGUCUCAACGGAUGGUUCAAAACUUCCAAACCACGUCUUUCAUUCCAGCAACGUUGAAACGUGGCUGAACGAGUGUGCUGCGUUCAACCCGUGGGACCACGAUGCAGAUGCGAACUACAAUGCUGCGUUCUUCAACGUGCCGGCAACAGGCAACCGACAGACCGGCCUUGGCGCAUCCUUCUCGCAGUAUCUGUACCGUUUCCCCGGCAGUCAAACCGUCUUAACUUUCGCCAACGGCACGAGCAAGACCAUCAACUCGUAUGCCACCCUGACAGACGGGCUCGACUUCACCAACGUCACGCACGGUAAAAGCUUCUUCAACAAGUUCUGCUCCGGGCCUGCACCAAGCUCUAGUGCAGUGGCCAGUCGCCUUCCCAGCUCGACGCCUUUUGCCAGCUUGAGCAUUGCUCCUGCUUCGAGUGAGCCUGCCAUCGCGAGUGUGACCUUUGCCGCAAGCAGCGCUGUUACAACCAACAACAUUUAUACGCCCUUGGCGAGCUCGGCCUCUCUACCACCGAUCCCAUCAUUUUAUCCGCAGCCUGCUGUCCUUGCUCCCGAUUACUCGAUCGCUAGCUACUUCCCUGAGGAGCAGAAGGAUCUAGCUGUUGCUACCAUUCCGACCUUUGCCCCAGCGUCAGGCAAAUACAUCUUUCAGAACAAGUUCAGAACCUUCCUCGCCACGGCAAAAGCUCUCGGUAAAACAAGGCUCAUUUUGGAUCUGAGGGCAAAUGGCGGUGGGAGCGUUGCGAAUGGGUUCAGUCUCUUCAAGAUGCUCUUCCCCUCAAAAGUGCCAUUCGGUGCCAGCAAUCUCGCAGCGUGGCCCCUCUUGGACGCACUCGGACAGGUCGCUUCUGAGCCGGACAUCCAUGGACUUCUCAGCAAGGCCUCUUACGAAGAGGAUCUCACUGUGACCAAUGACGACUAUGACUGGUGGGAGGAUUUCUACGGUCCCGUCCAGCACCAUGGAGGUGAUUUCACAAACGUCCGCCGAUACAACUUCUCGAGUCCGAACAAUAUUCUCGGCCCUCCUAUUUAUGGAUAUAUCAAUGACACCAACCCGCAACUGCAGACGUUCGAGUGGGAGAACGUGGUCGUGCUGUCUGACGGCUUCUGCGGCUCCACUUGCGCUGUCUUCGCCGAGCUCCUCAAGACACAAGCUGGAAUCAAGUUUGUCACAGUCGGCGGACGGAAGCAGAACGGGCCAAUGCAGGCAGUCGGUGGCUCCAAGGGCUCCAAUGACCAGCAGCUUCAGACACUCGUGGACCUUACCCAAACGACUUACGAGGAAGCUGACAAGGAGCAACGUGCCCUUUUCGAGCCAUACCUCAAAGACGGAUUGCAGGUAUCAGCUCAGCAAGUGCUCAAUCGGCGCUCCUCCCUCAACCCAGUAGGCAAUGUCAAUUUCCAGAACAGUUUGCGCAAAGGGGACGACACCUACACCCCGCUGCAGUUCGUCUACGAGGCCUCUGAUUGCCGCUUCUUCUACACAGCAGAGAUGAUCUUCUCCCAACAGCUAGUCUGGCAGCAGACCUACAAUCUCAGAUGGGGUAACGCAACCUGUGUCCCCGGAUCUUCUAACCAGCCCUCAGCUACGAGCGGCUUUGACACGAGCUACAUCAACGCUUCGCCGCCGGACACUGCGAAGAACUUCUUCGGAGCGGACAUCACUUGGUCGUACCCUGGAGCUCUGAAGGGUGGUUUGUCGAAUUCGUCGUCUGCUUCUCCAAGUUCUAUGCCAAGCUCUGGCGCUCCCAGCGCCCCGGCCCCAAGUGCGACAGGCUCUACAGGAGGUGCGGCGUCUAUCGCUGGGGCUGGAUCAGGGGUUGUCUACUUGGCGGCGGCGGUGGCAGGUUUGCUGUCAUUCUAG